AUGGCGACGAGGGUGUGGGCGGCGUCGGCGGCGGCCUUAAACCCCACUCUCCUCCCCCUCUCGUCUUCCCCACGUCCGAGCAGGCCCGCCCCCUCCACGCGGCCGAGCGGGCACCUCCGCCUGCGCAGCCGCCCGCCGCGGCCGGCCAGGGUCGUGUGCCGCCGCGCCAAGAACGCCGCCUUGGAGGACUACAAGUUCCCGGACCCCAUCCCCGAGUUCGCCGAGCAGGAGACGAGCAAGUUCAGGGAGCACAUGACGUGGCGGCUGGAGCAGAAGAAGGAGGAGUACUUCGGGGAGCACGUGGAGGACAUCGUCGACGUCUGCACCGAGGUCUUGAGCACUUUCUUGCAACAUGAGUACUGCGGACCCGGGACGCUCCUGGUUCACCCCUUCUUGGACAUGAAGGGCGAGAUCAAAGAGAGGGGCCUCCCCGGCGCGCCUCAGGCCGCGCGCGCCGCGAUCGCGUGGGCUGAGAAGAACAUCGACAAAGACUGGAAGGAGUGGACCGGAGAUUAUUAG